AUGGACAUCACCUUCCUAGGCACUGGAUCUGCCUAUCCAUCUCCUUGCAGAGGGGCCUCGGCUGUCGUGUUCCGGACAGAAGGAGAAUGUUGGCUGUUUGACUGUGGAGAGGGUACGCAGACUCAGAUCAUGAAAAGCCUCCUUAAAGCAGGCAGAAUUACCAAGAUUUUUAUCACUCAUCUUCAUGGAGACCAUCUGUUUGGACUUCCUGGCUUCCUGUGUACGGUUAGUCUCCAGGCUGGCUCUAAUCCAUCUAAGCAGCAUGUAGACAUCUAUGGUCCUGUGGGAUUAAGGAACUUUAUCCACAUGAGUUUGGAAAUCUCUCACUCACAGCUAUUGUUCCCGUAUUCCGUUCACGAAUUGGUCCCUUCAGAAGACCAUGAAAAUGAGCAGUUUGUUGUUCAAGCGUUCAAGCUUUAUCAUCGUAUUCCAUCAUUUGGGUUUGUGAUUGCUGAGAAGGACCGGCCAGGCAAACUCAACCGUGAGCAAGCUAAAAGAACUUGUGUGCAACCUGGUCCUAUUUAUGGCAAGCUGAAACUUGGCUCUUCGGUUACACUGGAGAAUGGACAGAUUAUCCAUCCCUCCGAUGUCUUGGGGGACCAUUUGCCAGGAAGGAAAAUUUGCAUACUUGGAGACUGCUCAGGUGUCACCUCCGUGGGGGCUGCUAAGCUUUGCCAGGAGGCUGACCUUCUUAUUCAUGAAGCUACACUAGAUGAUGAUCAUGAUGGAGAAAGCCAAGGAAAAUGGUCAUAG